CCCGCCCCCUCCUCCCCGAGAGAACGUCAGUAUAUUAUGACGUCACAUGGUAUAAACUGUACACCCGCGCGCUCUGAAGAUCACUUCAGUUCAGUGAGACUCCGAGCAGAAGCGAAGACGUUCACCUGAGCAGAGCCUCGAAGUCCAUCCAGACGGACAGUUGACAAAAAUUCAGCAAGUUUGACAGCGACACAGUCAACACGCGUUUCUCCUGCUUUUGAGUCAGUGGAGCUCUACUUCAGCAGCUCAGUGUCAGCAGAUGUUCAGCUGAUAUUGAGUGACUCUCCACAGACAGCUGGAGGAAAAAGCUCUUCAGAACAACAGGCUUCUCCCACAGCAGCCGCUAUGGAGAACCGCUCAACAGAAAAACAAACCAGAAAGAGGAAGACAAAACGCAUCCAUGCAUUCUUCCGCCGAAUUGGGAAGACUUUAAAGCUUUGCACCCUACACUGCUACGGGGACGAUAUAUUGUCCCCAUUUCCAUCCGAUGAUCCAGCAGAUCUCCAGCCAGGUUUAUCUGGCCUUGAAUGGGCGUUAUCAAUCGAUCCAUGUCCAUCUGGUUUGGAGCUGACAGUUAACACCAAUCCGGCUGAUCCUGAUGGGUCAUUGGUCUCAGAACCAUCCAGUCUUGAGGUGAUAUCUGACAGUGAUCAGGCUGAUCCGGAGCCAUCACCUGUCCCAGGUCAAUCCAGCCUCGAUUUAAAGUUAACACUGGAUCCAGGUCUAUCCAAACUGGUUUCUGAGACAAUGAAUGUCCCAGGACUAUCUAGUCUUGAUGUAACACCUGAACCAAGUCUAUCCAGUAUUGAGAUGAAACCGGACAUGGAUCUAACCGAGCCCAAGCCAUCAUCUGUCCCAGGUCCAUCUGGUUUUGAGGCAGCUAUUGAACAACAAUCAACAAAGAGGAAGAAGAAAGGCAUCUGUGCAUUCUUCCGCCGAACAUGGAGGGUUGUUAAGUGUGCUGCUCUCUGUUGCCAAAGGGGCAACAAAGUGGCUCCAGAUCCAUUUGCCAUUGACCCAGUGGCUCAACAGGAAAAUUCAGAUCUCCAGCCAGAUUUAUUCAGCCUUGAGAGGCUGACACUUAAUGCUGAGCCAACAUAUCUGGAGCCGUCACCUGUCCCAGGCCCAUCCAAACUGAAUAAUGAGCCAAUGCCUGCCCCACAUCAGUCUGGUUAUGAGCCACCUGUUGAAAAACAAAGAAAAAUCAGGAUGAAGAAAGACAUCCAAGCAUUCUUUCAGCGAACAUGGAGAACUGUUGAGUUUCCCUCCUUGGCCCCAGAUUCAUGUCGAGUUGAGCCAGUAGCUCACUGGGAUCAAGUGGACCUCCAGCCAGGUCUAUCUGGUCCCUUGUGGUUGUCAAGGAAUGAUCCAGGUCCUUCUUGUUUCGAGGUGACAGUCAUGGCCAACCAAAAUCCACCUGAUUCUAAGCCAGAUCCAUUCAGCCUCCAGUCACACUUAACACUUGACCCAGGCCCAGCUGGUCUUGUAGUUGAGUUGACGUCUGUCCCAGGACCAUCCAGUCAGGAGAUAAUGCCAGUCUAUGGGUCUGACAUGGGUCUGGAUGUUCCUGGGCUAAAACCCAUUCCAGGUUCCAGUCUCGUUCUGACAGCUGCUGUGGAUCUGAUUGAUCCCGAGCCGUCAUCUGCCUCUGGUUCAUGCAGCUGCAGGCGGACACCUGACACUGAUCUGGACAAUUCUAAACAAAAACAUGUCCCAGUCCUAUCUGGUUUUUGGCCAACUGCAGCAAAAUUUUCCUCCCGUUAUGAUGUGGGACGGAAGUUGGGACAGGGAGGUUUUGGCUCUGUGUAUAAGGGGACUCACAGAUUUAGUGGACGGAAGGUUGCUAUCAAAUUUCUACCUAAGAAUCUCUGGAACAGCUUAAUUAAUGUGCCUGGAUCUACAGAACCACUGCUGUCAGAAGUGGUUAUAAAUGUGAUGGUGUGCGCACCUCCGAAAAGCCCCUACAUUGUACAAAUGAUCGAGUGGUUUGAUCAGCCACAUCAGUUCAUCAUAGUUAUGGAAUAUCCACAUCCAUGUCAGACCUUGCUGGAAUUUACCAUGUGCCAUGGAUGUUGUCUGGAUGAAUCUGUGGCACGUGGUUUAAUGCGGCAAGCGGUGCUUGCAGCCAAACACUGCAUUGAACGGGGCAUCUUACACAAUGACAUCAAGACGGACAACAUGCUGGUCAACACAGAGACACUGCAGCUCAAACUAAUAGACUUCAGCUGUAGCAAACGUAUUAACAUGUCUUGCUCUGAAGAUCAUCAACAGGCGGUUGGAUCAACAGUCUGGUCUUUAGCUAUGGUACUUUUGGAGAUAGUAAACGGAGACCAGCCCAUGAGUGUUUUGCAGAAAGCACGUCAUCCUUUGAUACCAAAUUUCUCCAGUGCUCCCUCUUUAAUCAUGGGAAAUUUGAAGUACAUGCGUUUCUCCAGUCCGAAGAUAUCGGUGAAAGUUUUUUUCCAAGCGACCCUGAAAGUGUAGUCAAUUUCAUUGCCAGUCAGCUGGAGGGACCGGGACGUCUGCAUGGCUACCGAAUGAUGCGUGAAAGAUGCCGUUUGAAUGGUUUGCGGCUGACCACAGCAAUGGUUAGAGAGAUACAGAUAAGUCUGGAUCCAUCAGGUGUGAAGGAAAGAAGCGGGAGGAGGUUGCGUAGGGCGACAUUAUGGAGUGCCAGGACCUAACUAUCUAUGGCACAUGGACUCUUACGACAAACUGAAGCCGUAUGGCAUAGCAGUUAAAGGCUGCAUUGAUGGUUUUUCACGGCACAUCAUCUGGAUGCAAGCCUACUUCAAAAAUAACAAUCCUAGAGUAAUUGCUGGGUAUUAUUUCCGCGCUGUUGCUGAAAGAAGGGGUUGCCCUAAAAUAAUCCGAUCCGAUUUUGGUACCGAAAAUGUCCACGUCAACAGGCUACAAGAGUUUCUUCGUGAAGACUCGACUGGAACUGUGCAUGGGCCGUGUGUCUUUCAAGGAACAAGCCAAGCAGACCAGAGAAUAGAAAGUUGGUGGGGUAUCUACAGACGACAAAACGCAGAUUACUGGAUUGAUAUGUUCAAAGAACUAUAGUCAGCUGGUGAUUUCACAGGCGAUGCAACUGACAAAGGCCUUAUACAGUUCUGUUUUCUAUCCAUAAUUCAGGUAACUGCAUGUUCUUUACUCUGCUAUAAAAUUAUCUUAUUUGUUUAACACUUAUUAAAAAACAUUAAACGCGGCGUUUCUCUUUUGGUAUGUUUACUCAUGUUUGCUUAACUCCAUUAGGCAAAUGUAGCCAAACUGUCCAAUCACCCUUUCUUAUUAUUAGACUUGUAAUCUGUUUGUAUAAUUUAGUUCACAUCUGCUUGUCCAUAUAAAAAAUUUUGAGGAAAAAUGCUAAAAUGCUCUUGCCUAUAGGACCUGGUCCAUG